GGUUGGGAUGAGUACGGAGUAGUGGCCAUUGGUUGGGAUGAGUACGGAGUAGUGGCCAUUGGUUGGGAUGAGUACGGAGUAGUGGCCAUUGGUUGGGAUGAGUACGGAGUAGUGGCCAUUGGUUGGGAUGAGUACGGAGUAGUGGCCAUUGGUUGGGAUGAGUACGGAGUAGUGGCCAUUGGUUGGGAUGAGUACGGAGUAGUGGCCAUUGGUUGGGAUGAGUACGGAGUAGUGGCCAUUGGUUGGGAUGAGUACGGAGUAGUGGCCAUUGGUUGGGAUGAGUACGGAGGAGUGGCCAUUGGUUGGGAUGAGUACGGAGGAGUGGCCAUUGGUUGGGAUGAGUACGGAGGAGUGGCCAUUGGUUUUUGCAGUUAGUAGAUCAUUAGUGAGGUUUAGUAGGGUAGUUUUCAGUGGAGGAGAUGGGUCUUAAGUUGUUCAGGUUGGUGGGG